AGAUGGUACAAAUUAAAACGAAACUAAUUAUGAACUUUUUAUGAAAAUCAAUUAUUUUACUGUCAGGGUCUACCCGAGGUAUUUUUUAACAUAACCUAGAUCAGUUCAGCUGACUUAAUCAGCUAUGUUUGUUAUUCAUGUCUUUAUUUUAUUGAGAAUUAUUAAUGAACAAAAAUUUUAACACAAGAGAAUGUCUACAAAUAGGAUGAAAAUUUUACUAUGUACAGGCGUAUCUAGCGAUACAGAUAAUGAAAAUCAAUAUAAAAAGUGUUUAUUGGAAAAUAAUUAUGAAUGUGAUAUCCUCCAAGUACUUCACUAUGAAUUUAUUAAUUUGAAUGAACUCCGAAAACAUCUGGUUGACUCUAAUUCUUAUAGCGGUUUGAUAUUAAGUAGUCCUCGAGCAGCUACAGCAAUAACUAGAGCUAGAAUGCAAAAUCCAUUUCCUAUAAAUGAUUGGAUAAAGAGACCAACAUUUUGUGUUGGUAAAGCUACAGAAUUUGUAGCAAAAGAACAAAUAGGUUUAACUAAUAUAUUAGGCUCUCAUUCUGGAAAUGCAAAAAAUCUAGCCACAUUUAUUAUUGAUUUAAUGCAAACAAAUUAUAGAAAGCCUUUACUACAUCCUUGUAGUGAUAUUGCAAGAGAUACAAUUCCAAAUAUGCUGUCAGAAAAAGGAAUGUGUGUAACAAAAGUAAUAGUUUAUAAAACAAAAGCUCAUGAGUGUCUGAAAGAAACUCUAAUUACUGCCUUAAAUCAGUCACCUCAUAUAUUAGUUAUUUUUAGUCCUUCAAUAAUCGAUAACAUGGUUGCUGCACUAAAUAAUGAUAAAAGUGUAUUUGAAAAAUUGAAAAUUAUAGCUAUUGGGCCUGUAACAGAGCAAGCUGUGCUGCAGCAUGGAAUAAAUAUAGCUGGUGUAGCAGAAAAACCAGAUCCUAAGGCUGUAAAAGAAAUUAUUCAUAGAAUUAAUCUAUGUUAAAUUAUAUUUUUA